UCGUAUAUCUGACAGUUGAUAUUUGUAUUGGCAAAAAUCAGUGUUUUUCUAACUGAAAGGGGUGGUUGUGGGCGAAUGUUUCGCCAGAAAAUCCUAAUUCUGAUGAAAUUUGGAAGGAAAAGUAACAAAAUUCUAACGUGAAGAUAUCGAAAUUCUAAAAUAUAAAACACUAAAUUAAAAAAAAAUCUAUAGAACCGUAAAACAAGUGCUUUGUGAAAAAUUAACUAUUAUUAGCAACAAAAACAACAACACACGAACAGAAAAGCAAACAACAUUGGGGAUAAACUGACAAUGAGAGCAGCAGCAUAGCAUGGUGUUAAAGAAUUCAUAAAACGAAAUAAUAAUGAAACAAAACAAAUGCGAAAAUAAAACAUAAACAAAUGGCAACAUAAUAUACAAACAAUAUAUUAAUGAAUUAUAUACAUAUCUAGAUAUGUAUGUUUGUAGAUGUUUUGCUAAGAAAAAGUAAAAGCUUGCUUGUAGACCGCCUCAAGUUAAAGAACUGAAAUUGGGACGGUACCUAUCAGCCGACAAAACACAACAAGAACAACUUGUGACCACAUGAAACGCCGCGAAUUCAGGUUUUGUGCGCUAUAGGUAGGGAAAGAAGAAAAGAAGAGCCAACAUUAUUAUUGACUGGGGAAGAGACAACAAUAAAAACAACAACAACAGCAUUACCAUAAUAACCCCAGUUUAUGAUAAUUUAGCCAACAUUAACAUUGGCAAAUAAAAAAAAAGACAACACAACAAAGAAAGUUUAAAAGAUUUCGAGUCUUUUCUCUUCUUCCAUUUCAAGUGGAUUUAUCAGAAAUCUAAUCCAAAACGAAUACCGUGUGUUAAGCUUACUCCCAGUUUGUUUUCCUCCCAUCCAUAAUAGCCCAUCCCCAGUACAAUCAUCAUCAUCAUCAUGGAUUUCAUACAGAAUAUAACAAAAGGUCUGCUAGAAUUUCUGUCUUCAUAUAUUGAUUUGGAUUAUUCUUUGUGGCUGUAUCGUCUAUUGACCCCACUUAUUGUAACAUUCCUGCUGCCACUGGUAUUUGUGGCCCUAAUUUAUAUAUCCUUUCUGAUAUUGUUUAUCUACAAAUUACAUAGAGAAGUCAUUUUACGAUCGGUACGCUCAGAUCGCAAAUUCUGGGAGGUUGGACGUAAACUUGUCGCUGCCAUAUGGGAUGCCCAUGCCCGCAUCUAUCAUGGCUACGAGGUGAUUGGUAUGGAACACAUUCCCAAAGAUGGUCCAGCAUUGAUUGUCUACUACCACGGUGCCAUACCCAUCGAUAUGUAUUAUUUAAAUUCACGCAUGAUGUUGCAAGAGAAUCGUCUAAUCUACACCAUUGGUGAUCGUUUCCUGUUCAAGCUACCCGGUUGGGGUACAAUAUCUGAAGCAUUCCACAUUAGUCCCGGAACAGUGCAGUCAUGUGUCAACAUCUUACGAGAUGGCAACCUAUUGGCCAUAUCACCGGGUGGUGUGUAUGAGGCACAAUUCGGUGAUAACUAUUAUGAAUUGUUGUGGCGAAAUCGUGUGGGAUUUGCCAAAGUUGCGUUGGAGGCUCAGGUGCCAAUAAUACCCUGUUUCACACAGAAUUUACGUGAGGGAUUCCGACAAGUUGGUAUUUUCCGUACAUUCUUUAUGAAACUCUAUAAUACCAUUCGAAUACCGGUGUAUCCCAUCUAUGGUGGGUUUCCUGUGAAAUUUCGUACUUUUUUGGGUAAACCAAUUGAAUAUGAUGGCUCGUUGACGCCGGAGCAGUUGCAAGUGAAGGUCGCUCACGCUCUGGAGGAUUUAAUCAACAAACAUCAACGUCUACCCGGCAGUAUAUUCCAUGCCUUACUCGAUCGUUUUCCGCCAUUUAGAAGCAAAAAAGAUUAAGACCCUUGGGGACAAGGAUAAAACCUCAUUACAGUUAACAAACAUAUUAGUUUAUUUAAAAAAAAAACAAAAUCUCAUAACUGUGUUAAUUUUUUUUAUUUUAAAUAUUUUCCUCAUACAUUUUAUUAUUAUUUUUUUUCUAGCAAUAAGUAAAAAGUCAACAAUUUUUAAAUUUCACAAAAAUGUAUUCGAAUGAGAUUUAAGUUCUUGGGUAAGAAGACAGUACUUAAGCUUUGGUUGUAGAUAAUUUUUUUUUUAAUGUAUGUUAUAAGUAUUUUAAUAAAUAAGAACUAUUGUGUAUGGGUGGAGAAAUGUUUUGGCGGAUAAACAAACCAAGACUAGAUUUUUACAACCUAGAAUUUUUAUAAAGAUUUAAAAGUAUUUGCAUUCGAAAUUUUAUUAAUAGCCUAACAUUGUUACUUUCUUAGUUCGAGUUGCAUAUGAAUUGCUAAAAUAGACUAUUUAAGAAAAAAAAAAACAAUAAAACAGAACAGAACAGAACAGAACAAUACAUUUGAAAUGUAACCAAACACACAUGAUCAUUUGAAUAUAAGACUAUAAUUGAAAUACCUAUAUAUAUAUAAAAUUGUGUAUAUGUAUGUAUUUAUGAAACAUUGCUAUUUAUUAUUAAUAAAACAAAUAUCAAAGAGAAUCAAAGAAAAGAAAGUUGAAUAAAUUCUUUAUUAACUUAA